ACACAUCCGCACAUUCACAGCUUCGAUAACAGGCCGCUUGCCACUCCCUUGCUUCGAAUCAACAGCUUAUCCAACACAAUCUUCAGUGUAUCAUCGAACAAUUAUCCAUCAAGACAGCGUGUCGCUCAAUCUUUGACAUUGAGACGUCCGUACAGCCGUUUAUCAAAGCGCCUACAAUCUACUAGAGUAUUCAGACAGUUACGUUGUUGGAUUGAACAAAGCGACAGCUGCGUUAUCUUGCCUGCUGCAGGGUGUCAAGGGCGUCAGCGAGGCACCGACGACCUUGAUCGAACCACAGUCGAUCGACUGCAAACAAUGUCGGGCUAUCCAAAACUACCACUCCAGGCGCAUUCCAGUACAUCGACUUCUUCAAAUCCGGCUGCCUUGCAACCGCAGUCUGGCUCUUGGUCCGGCACCAGACCAGUACCUGAGAACACUCCUGCAGCGCCUAUUACUUCGCAUCAAGACAGUCAGUCAACAGCUUCCUCAACUAGGCCAUCUGCAAUUUCACGCUCGACUUCUGAUGUUGACCAGCGUAGCACAGCCACGUCUUGUAUGUAGAUGUUGCAACUUUGCACCUUCUGAGAGUCGCCGUAUGAUAUGGUGUCCAUAUGAUAGGAGCUACAUAACAUUUAACAGUUUAAACUGGAUUGUUUGCGAUAUC